UCUGUUUUCUCCAGCGGAGGGCACUCAGUGUAUCACAAACUGGAGCAUUAGCACCAACCAGCUCUGAGCACCAUCAGUCUCUGGAAAGCCUUCUGAAUUAGACAAGGGCUGCCUCUCAGCACAGCUACAAAACACUUUCAACCUGACCAGCUAAAUGGAUAAACCUAGCCCGCAUAGCUUUUAAACUGGGGUCUCACACAGAACAGGCGGCCUGCUUGCUUCAGCAACGGAAAAAUCCUGAGGAUGAAUUGCUUUAUCUGGGAAUGGCAAAAGGCAGCACAAUAAGGAAUGCCAGGUUUCCGUCUAAUCACGCAGCUGAAAGGCAUGAGUGUGUUUCUGGUGCUAUUUCCCACCCUGCUGCUGGUUAUGCUAACGGGGGCUCAGAGAGCUUGCCCGAAGAACUGCAGAUGCGAUGGCAAGAUUGUGUACUGUGAGUCUCACGCCUUCGCAGACAUCCCGGAAAACAUUUCUGGAGGGUCACAAGGUUUAUCCUUAAGGUUCAACAGCAUUCAGAAACUCAAAUCCAAUCAGUUUGCCGGCCUUAACCAGCUUAUAUGGCUUUAUCUGGACCAUAAUUACAUUAGCUCAGUGGAUGAAGAUGCUUUUCAAGGGAUCCGCAGACUGAAAGAAUUAAUUCUAAGCUCCAACAAAAUUACCUAUCUGCACAAUAAAACAUUUCACCCAGUCCCCAAUCUUCGCAACCUGGAUCUCUCCUACAACAAACUUCAGAGCUUGCAGUCUGAGCAGUUUAAAGGCCUCCGGAAGCUCAUUAUUUUACACUUGCGAUCUAACUCCCUCAAGACCGUGCCCAUCCGGGUUUUCCAAGACUGCAGGAACCUUGAUUUUCUGGACUUGGGUUACAAUCGUCUCAGAAGCUUAUCCCGAAAUGCAUUUGCUGGUCUUCUGAAGUUGAAAGAGCUCCACCUGGAGCACAACCAGUUUUCAAAGAUCAACUUUGCUCACUUUCCUCGUCUCUUCAACCUACGAUCCAUUUACCUGCAAUGGAACAGGAUCCGCUUUGUCAGUCAAGGCCUAACGUGGACCUGGAGUUCCUUGCAUACUUUGGAUUUAUCAGGGAAUGACAUACAAGCAAUCGAGCCUGGCACAUUUAAAUGCCUCCCCAACUUGCAGAAAUUGAAUUUGGAUUCCAACAAGCUCACCAAUGUCUCCCAGGAGACGGUCAAUGCAUGGAUAUCCUUAAUAUCCAUCACCUUGUCUGGAAACAUGUGGGAAUGUAGUCGGAGCAUUUGUCCUCUGUUCUACUGGCUGAAGAAUUUCAAAGGGAAUAAAGAAAGUAGCAUGAUAUGUGCGGGGCCUAAGCACAUACAGGGCGAAAAGGUCAGCGAUGCUGUGGAGACUUACAACAUAUGCUCUGAGGUCCAGGUGGUCAACACUGAAAGAUCACACCUGGCGCCUCAAACUCCUCAGAAGCCCCCGUUCAUCCCCAAACCUACCAUCUUCAAACCUGAUGCCAUCCCAGCGACCCUGGAGGCAGUGAGCCCAUCCCCGGGGUUUCAAAUUCCAGGGACGGAUCAUGAGUACGAGCAUGUGUCCUUUCACAAAAUCAUCGCAGGGAGCGUGGCUCUUUUCCUCUCUGUGGCCAUGAUUCUCCUGGUGAUCUAUGUGUCUUGGAAACGGUAUCCAGCCAGCAUGAAACAGCUCCAACAGCACUCGCUUAUGAAGAGGAGACGGAAAAAGGCGAGAGAGUCCGAGAGACAAAUGAAUUCCCCUUUACAGGAAUACUACGUGGACUACAAGCCGACGAACUCUGAGACCAUGGAUAUAUCGGUUAAUGGAUCUGGUCCCUGCACAUAUACCAUCUCUGGCUCCAGGGAGUGUGAGAUGCCCCACCACGUGAAGCCCUUGCCGUAUUACAGCUAUGACCAACCAGUGAUUGGGUACUGCCAGGCCCACCAGCCUCUUCAUAUCAACAAGGCCUAUGAAGCUGUGUCCAUAGACCAGGAUGACAGCCCCAGUCUGGAGCUUGGGAGAGACCACAGCUUCAUUGCCACCAUAGCCAGGUCGGCUGCACCUGCCAUUUAUCUGGAGAGAAUAACAAACUAACAUUAAAGCCAACUCCUUGAUGCGGAGCUCGCAGGGGAAGGGAGGCCUUGGUCGCAAAGGACAUGAGGUGUCCAGCAGCCUCCAGCCGCCAGAGUCCAUUGCUCCUGUACAGAAGUUUAGGAAAUAGUGAGAAACAAACCCCAAACUGCUUAUGAAGUUGGGCAGCUGAUGAACCCAGCACUCACCGGGAGGACACACACCUUUCUUUGCUUUAAGACAACACAAACACAAGCACUCCCGGAUGUAAAUAGUCAAGAGUGUUAAGUUCUUAUAAAAAUAGAUUUCACCCUAGCUAUCUAUAGGUUUGUUUGUAUAUUUGAUUUUUCUACACUGCAUGGUUCCUGGGCUGGAGAACCACAGGGGGGAGGGUGGGAAUUUUGGGGAAACAACUCCGUUUUCCUUGUAAGGUGUGCGUAACACUCACAGACCUUUUCUCCAAUGUUUUCAUUUUAGUUUCUUUUUUUCUUGAAAAACCUGGAUAUAUUCUGGUUUUAUUUACUUCAUUUUUCUUAAUUUCCUGAUUAAAUGACUUUCUACUUCUCAAUGUGAGUACUUACAUGGUACCAAGAGAAGAUUUGGUUUUGCAUCGACCUAAAGUAAAGAGAGUUGACUACAACUUUCGAUCAAUUACUGGAAAGAGUUAAGUACAUCGAAGUGUAUAUCCACUCAGUACACAUUAUAGACAAUACCAGGAGUUCUGGGUU